AUGACCCUCAUGGUGUCUGGUGACAAAGGAAUUUCUGUCUCCCCUGAAUCAGACAACCUUUUCAAAUGUGUAGGGACCAUCCACACAGAAGCUGGCACAGUAUACAAAGACCUGAAGUUCCCCAGUGGCCACCCUUACAAUGCACCCACAGUGAAGUUCCUCACGCCCAGCUACCAUCCCAGCGUGAACACCCAGGGUGACAUCUGCCUGGACAUCCUGAAGGCCGAGUGGUCUGCCCUGUAUGACGUCGGGGCCUUCCUGCUCUCCAUCCAGAGCCUGCUAGAAGAACCCAACAUCAAUAGCCCAUUGAACACACAAGCUGCUGAGCUCUGA